AAGAGAAAGGAUUUGUUAACAAUAAGAUGAAUGGGCAAGCAUUCAGGGGUGAACUUAAAAUUGGAGCUAAUGCAAUACCUCCCAGCCUUUCUACAAUGACAAAAAGCAAAUUUGAUGGAGUCCCCAGACCAUUUGAAGAAAAUGUUGAGAAGACAAGGGAGGAAAAACAGAAACCUAAAGAAAGACGUGAUGACAAACCAAGAGAGAAAAACAAGGAUAAAGAUAGGGAAAAGAAAAGUCAUGGAAAGCAAAAAGACAAGGAAAAAGAGAAGAAAAAGGAAGAGAAGGCGAAGGACAAAAGUGAACACAAGAAAAGCCAGGAGGAUAAAUCAAGAGACAUCAAUAAGAAUGACUUUGUUGGUCUUAAUAACAAUAAACUUCCACUUAUAUCCAAGGAAAACAUUGCUGGUACAGUCAACGUGGGAAUUGUCAGAAAGAGGAAGGAUGUUGAAACUAAUGGUUUCCUGCAUGAGAGUGAACUCAGGCCUGCUAAAUUGCUGCGGCCGUCAUCCUCUCAGCAGCCGACACAGAAUGGAAAAAAAUUUGACACUCACCCAAAAGCAGACCUGUUCUCCUCCAGUAAACAGGAAGUUGCUACUGAUAUUAAAGUGGAAAACAAGAAGCACAAGGUGAAUGGUGGUAUAGAAGGCCAGCCAUUAUGCAGUGUUGAGGCAAAGGCUUCAUCCAUCAUUCCUGGUGCUGAUCAAAUAGCUGAAGCAUCUAAAAGACCUCCUCAUCCCGAUUCCAAAUACUUAAGCCAGAUACUCUCAGUUCCGAAGGUGGACGAUUGGUCUGGGUUUGAUGACCAGGAAUGGUUGUUGGGAAGCGAAAGAACUCCGGCUAAGAAAGCUGAGACGUGUCCAGAUGAAGUCAAUAAGGAACAUUGGGUAUGGUCUGAAGCUUUGCAAAUAGAGGCUGCUGAUGUUUGUGCUCUGCCAUAUGUUAUACCUUAUUGAAUGCUAUUAACAUGAUCUGACAUGAUGAGUUUCCAAGGACGAAACUCUGUCAGCUGUGCAGGAGCAAGCAUCUGGCUUCUAGAGGCCCGUACUCGGUUUUGAUUGGAUUCUUUCUCACCCCUCUAGCCCUGGUGGUCUUGCUGGUGGCAGUUUGUUCUGACAUUGAUUCAGAAAUCUUGAUCGCGGCUUCUUCCUAUACCUAUGAAUUCCAUCGGACCCAAAAAAUGAUACAUUGGAAGAAUGUCGGGUCUUUACAAUAUCAAUAGGUUGAUUGUUUUGCUCCUGUAACUUCCCAAAGGAAAAAAGAUCUUCGAGAGCUUUCAAUCACCAUGGCUGAACGUUGCAGUAGCUUAGACGGAGGGGCAACUUAUUGCCAUAUAUCUGAUAACCCCACAGAUGGAACGGCGGGAUAGUGUGUCUAGGAAGAUGCAUAAGCUUAUGCAAGUUUAUUCUAUUUGCUUAAAAGCUUGGAUGCUCUUUCUAAUUGAGUGUAAAAGAACUAGCUUUUGUGGUCUUUACAACUCCACAAUUUUGAAUUGUAACAUAGUAUUACUAUAGUUGUAAGA